ACCAUUUUUUAGCCUUUUGUUUGAAAAAGAUACGGAUAUCCUCCAUCAACACUAGUUUCUCACUCCUAUUUUUCUACCUUUCUAUCACCGUCAUCUUUGUUUUUCUCAUUGCCAUCCACCCUCGUUACAGUUCCAACUAAAGAUAGAUACGAUUAUAUGAUCAAUAACUUUUUAUUCAAUUAUUAUCACCUAUAACAACCGCCUCUUAUUUUUCAAGACUUUUCUCUCAUUCGUAACUCUGUAAUUUGAAAUCUUCACUGUGAAAUAAUGCUCUUGAUCGCAGUAGAUGGGGUUAAAUUUUGGUUCAUAGAAAUGGAAUGGAAUUUUAGAGAUAUAGAUCAACUUUCUCUAUUGGCAUAUUUGAAAAUUUUUCUUUGAUUAGUUAUAGCUAAUAUAAGCAAAGAAGAUAAGAUCUCAAAAACUUAUACUAUUUUUAAUAUGAGUGCUAAAUUUAAAUUGAAAAGACACGAUCUACUAUUAUUUAUUGAUGAACUGCAGUGAUGAUAAGCUCUUGUUGAUUGUCAACCGUGAUCCAUAUUAUUCUUGAUGAAGGCAGUAGGAUAGAAUAGAUAAAGGAAGAAUGACAUAAAGACAAGCUAUUUUUGUUGACGAAUUCUAAUGACAAUGAGCUCUUGUUGAACAAGAUCAUCAAUGGAAGGUAGAUGAUGGUCUACAAUGGCGAUGAUAUAGAAGAGAGAAAGAAAAGAUACAUGUGAUAUAGAAUAAAGAAAUAAAGAGAAAGAGAAAAAGAAAGUCGGAUGUUAAUAUAUUUUUAUCCUUUUCAAUAUGCUCACUUGGUGAUAAAGAUAAAGAUGAGUGCAAUAGAAUCUCUAAGACUUGGGUUUAACCAAAUGAAUAACCUUUAGCGUUAUUAGGCCACAAUGUAAAUUAGACCUUGCAUACAAGUUCCGGGGCAAAACUGCCACUUAAGCCGGGCAGUGACUCCGGUGUCUUAGAAACCUGUUUGUUAGCUUUACGUUGUAACGUUGUGGGGAAAUUUGGCAGACAACAUAAGUUUCAUAUAAACGAAGGAAGAGAUUCUUGAAAACCUAAAAUCGAUGGCGGGCUGCAAGGUCAAGAAACAGAAGCCAAAGCAGUCAUCAAACCACUACCAAGGUGGCAUAUCCUUUCACAAAUCAAAGGGACAACACAUCCUCAAGAAUCCGUUACUAGUAGAUACCAUUGUCCAAAAGUCUGGAAUUAAGAGCACCUACGUUAUUCUCGAGAUCGGUCCCGGUACCGGAAAUCUCACCAAGAAGCUUCUAGAAGCUGGAAAAAGUAUUGCUGUUGAACUUGAUCCUCGUAUGGUUCUCGAGCUCCAGCGCCGCUUUCAGGGCACCCCUAUGUCCAAUCGGUUAGAGGUCAUUCAGGGUGAUGUUCUGAAGACUGAUCUUCCCUAUUACGAUAUAUGUGUAGCCAACAUCCCUUAUCAAAUAUCUUCCCCUCUCACUUUCAAAUUGCUGAAUCACCAACCAUCUUUCCGGUGUGCUAUUAUAAUGUUUCAGAGGGAAUUUGCAAUGAGAUUUGUUGCCCAACCUGGUGACACUCUCUAUUGUCGUUUAUCUGUCAACACUCAACUCUAUGCUAGAGUCUCCCACCUCCUUAAAGUUGGCAAGAACAAUUUCAGGCCUCCGCCUAAGGUGGAUUCUUCUGUAGUUCGAAUUGAGCCCAGGAGACCUUGUCCGCAGGUUAAUCCCAAGGAAUGGGAUGGAUUUAUAAGAAUAUGUUUCAUUAGAAGGAACAAGACUCUCGGUUCUAUUUUUAGGAUUAAAAAUGUCUUGUCUUUUCUUGAAAAGAACUACAAGACUCUGCAGGCGUUGUGUUCUUCUCAGAAUGAUUCCUCAGAAGGUGCUGACAUGGAUAUAUCAGGGUUGGGUGAUUAUAAGGAGGAUCAGAGCAUGAUGGACUUGGAUGAUGGAACUGAUGACGAAAUGGAGGUUGAGGAUGGUGAUGCGGAUUCUGGGGUGUCGGAAUUUAAAGAAGUUUUAUCUGUGUUAAAAGAGAGAAAUUUUUAUGAAAAGAGGUCAUCUAAACUCACACAAGAGGAGUUCUUAUAUCUACUCUCGAGAUUCAAUAUGGCUGUCUCAUAAUCAGUUGAGGCUUUAGAUGUCACCUCUUUUUCUUUUCCAAUUUUUCCCUGAAGUUCUGCCCGAUUUUUUGUUUUGCUUGAUUUUGACAGCAUCCUGUACUGUGCCUGAAAAUAUUCCAGGAUGUAAUAGCUAGCUCCUACUGAAACGUACACCUGGACUAUUAUUCGGUUUUAAGGUACUCGAAUGUAUCUGAUGAUGAUGGCAUUCCGGCUCUGAAGCAAAGAGAAAGUUUAGACUUCGAUGCUUAUUUGUUA